AGGGACUUUGCCCUUGAUCCAAAGGUAUAAACAGAAGGUCUCAGCUACCCCUUAGGCCCCUGGAGUCUUCCCUGAGCUGCUAAACAAGCUGAAACAUAGAACCUCAAGGCCUCACCGCCAGUGUCCAGUAUGAUGUCCCGUGGAGAAAGGCUAGGGAGCCCCGCUGUCUCCCCACUUCCAGUCCGUGGAGGACACGUGAUGCAUGGGGCGGCCUUUGCCUAUGUGCCGAGCCCUCAGGUCCUGCACAGGAUCCCAGGGACAACCGCCUAUGCCUUCCCCAGCCUGAGCCCAGUGGCCCUCACAGAGCAUGGCUGUCCCUAUGGAGAGGUCUUGGAGCUCCAUGACCCACUACCUGCCAAGGUGGCCCUGGAGGAGGAACAGAAGCCAGAGCCCAGACUGGUCCAGAAGGUGCACCAGGUUGGCACCACGCUUCUCAAGGUACCACUGAUGCUGGCUUUCCUCUACCUCUUUGUCUGCUCCCUGGAUGUGCUCAGCUCAGCCUUUCAGCUGGCCGGAGGGAAAGUGGCUGGAGACAUCUUCAAGGACAAUGCCAUCCUGUCCAACCCAGUGGCAGGGCUGGUGGUGGGGAUCCUGGUAACUGUACUGGUGCAGAGCUCCAGCACUUCGACGUCCAUCAUUGUCAGCAUGGUCUCCUCUGGCUUGCUGGAGGUGAGCUCUGCCAUCCCUAUCAUUAUGGGCUCCAACAUCGGCACCUCUGUCACCAACACCGUCGUGGCCCUGAUGCAGGCAGGGGACAGAGCUGACUUCCGGCGGGCCUUUGCAGGGGCCACAGUGCACGACUGCUUUAACUGGCUAUCCGUUCUGGUUCUACUGCCCCUGGAGGCUGCCACUGGUUACCUGCAUCACAUCACUGGACUUGUGGUUGCCUCCUUCAAUAUCCAAGGAGGCCGUGAUGCCCCUGAUCUUCUUAAAAUCAUCACGGAGCCGUUCACAAAGCUCAUCAUUCAGCUAGACAAGUCUGUGAUCACCAGCAUUGCCACAGGGGAUGAGUCCUUGAGGAACCACAGUCUCAUCCGGAUCUGGUGCCACCCAGACUCCAUGGAGGCUUCUACCUUGUCCAGGGCAGAGGCCAAUGCCAGCCAGAUCCGUGGAAAUGUCACCAUGGAGAAAUGUAAUCACAUCUUCGUGGACACGGAGCUGCCUGACCUGGCCGUGGGGCUCAUCCUACUGGCUGGCUCCCUGAUGCUCCUGUGCACCUGCCUCAUCCUCCUUGUCAAGAUGCUCAACUCGCUGCUCAAAGGCCAGGUGGCCAAGGUCAUCCAGAAGGUCAUCAACACUGAUCUCCCUGCUCCCUUCACCUGGGUCACAGGCUACUUUGCCAUGGUGGUAGGUGCUGGAAUGACCUUCAUUGUCCAGAGCAGUUCUGUGUUCACCUCAGCCAUCACCCCACUCAUUGGCCUGGGGGUGAUCAGCAUCGAGAGGGCCUACCCCCUCACACUGGGCUCCAAUAUUGGCACCACCACUACGGCUAUCCUGGCAGCACUGGCCAGCCCCAGGGAGAAGCUGUCCAGCUCCUUCCAGAUUGCCCUCUGCCACUUCUUCUUCAACAUCUCCGGCAUCCUGCUGUGGUACCCACUGCCCUGCAUGCGCCUGCCCAUCCGCAUGGCCAAGGCCCUGGGCAAACGCACAGCCAAGUACCGCUGGUUCGCUGUCCUCUACCUCCUUCUCUGCUUUCUGCUGCUGCCCUCGCUGGUGUUCGGCAUCUCCAUGGCAGGCUGGCAGGCCAUGGUGGGUGUGGGUGCACCCUUUGGGGCCCUGCUGGCCUUUGUGCUGCUAGUCAAUAUCCUACAGAGUCGAAGUCCAGGACACCUGCCCAAGUGGCUUCAGACAUGGGACUUUCUGCCCCACUGGAUGCAUUCUAUGAAGCCCCUGGACCAACUCAUCACCCGUGCGACUUUAUGCUAUGCCAGGCCCGAGCCCCGCUCACCCCAGUUGCCUGCAAGGGUCUUUCUGGAGGAGCUGCCUCCCGCCACACCUUCCCCCCGCCUUGCACUACCUGCUCACCACAAUGCCACCCGCCUGUAGGCUGCAGGCCCAGACAACUGCCUGGAGAUGGAAAGGCCUGUGCACAGAGCCCAGGGUGGAUGGAGAGGGGUAUGUGUGCUCGUGCGUGUGAGCACAUGCCACCCUGGUGUGCAUGUGUCUGUCACCCUUGGAUGCCUAUCCUUGUGCAGAUCCACAGAGGUAUGGGCUUGUGUGACGGAGAGGCAAUAUGCACGUGUGAAUGUUUAGGGGUUUAUCUGUGUCUAUCAGUGUAGGCAUAGAAGCCAGUAUUUGUGUACACACGUGUAUCCGGCUAUGCAUGUGUACAGAUGUACCUGUGGGAGGCCGUGCAUAGGUUGCAGGGGAUCUGGAUAUGAUUUCAAGACCUUUGCCAUGUGUAUCGAGGCUUGCAUCUAUGUCCUUGUCUACUUGAGACUUUGCUGGGCAGGUGACUCUGACUAGGUGACUGCAUAGCUGUCUGCCUGGGUGCCAGAGUCACCAAUUGAGUUACACCCCUACUUGCCACCUUCCUUCCUCCAUGAUGCUGUUCUCACCCUUACUCAGGGCUCAGUGCCACCACUGCAGUCCUUUCCCAACCUUGCACAAUGAGUAAAAGGAAGGCAUUUAAAACUCUCAA